AUGUCGACCAACAUCACCAAUAUAACGCUCACGGUCGAAACAUGCCGAGACUUGAUGGUUCUUGGAGCGAAACCUGAGGUCGACACCGAGAUCUCAGGUAUAGGUGCAAUACUGGCUUUCCUUCUCAGCGCAUAUGUCACCUUUGCGAUCGUACUGAUCUCAUACCUGCUGGGAUCUAUUGAUAGAAGUCUUCUUCGACCAGUCGAUCUAUAUGUGCACCGACUACCCUCUCAGCGACGCACAAGCCCUUCCUGGCAUAAAGCUCUGCAACAAUGCGUCCUUCUGCUCAGCGAUCAGCAGAUAGUUACCGGAAUCGCAGUCUGUAUUGCUGGUUUCAUAGCAUUACGUGGUCAUAUCUCCGUAUACCAUUUUCAGAUUGUCAUCAUGCUUGCCUGGAUGUCAAGCUCCGUCCAUCUUUCGGCAUUGACAAUGCUAGGGGAGUACUUUCACAAGCGUCCUGGAGUCUUAGGGUGGCGUAUAGUUGGUAUGUUGGUUUUAUUCGUCCUUCUGCUGGCGGCCUUAGUACCCACUUCGUCGAAUCUCUGGGCAACCUGGUAUCUCCAUGAUGACACAAAGGAUGACGAGAGAACCUAUUGGGCCAUUCCAGCGAAGUGUUUCUACUUCCACACUUGGGGUGAGGGUAUCAAUCCCGAUGCACCGCUCUCCUAUCUGAUCCUUAUUGGGUCGUACAUCUGGAAGAUUGGUGCAUUGUUCAAGACCUCCAGAAACAUUUUCCAUCGUCGAAUCAGAGGGCCCUACGAAUAUUUCCUGGAGCGAAUACUACACGCCGAAGCGCUCAAAGCCUCCAAAUGUCGCGAGAAACAAAGGUCACUGUCAUGGAAAUAUCACGUCGCGAUGGUCGUGUACGUUGUUCUUCUGGCUUUGUUUGAAUUCAGCGCAUCGUUUGCCGCGUCGCUGUGGCUGUCCUAUGUUGGACUUGUCUAUGGUACCAUUCAAAUUAUCAUACCACGGCAACAGAACUUCUGGUGGAAUCAUCAGGAAGACAAGUGGACUUUUGGACAGAUUGUGCCUCUUGUGCUGUUGAUACAGCCUAUUGGUGCAGUACUCGAGAACUUCAAAGUUCGCGGCCACAAACGCAAGACUGGCCGUGACUCCAUUGCUAGCGAAGACGGCUGUGAUUCCGGUUCUGCAAGCACUGCCAUGCUGCCACCCCGAGAUCUCCUGGCGCGACAUGAACAAACGUUCUCCGAGAUGUUUGCGGCACUCGAGGUGAUCAAGCCGACUGAACGCUCCAUCGAAACCCUGGAUCAUCAGAUGCCGUUCUACACCUCGGUCAUUUUCACCACACUCAUAUUGUGGAUACACGUCGGCAUUGCGAUCAUCUCAUCUGUGGCGUUCUGGAUUGAUUCUAUAAGUCUAGGUUAUGUUACGAGCGACAAUUGGUACUAUGUGGGAAUUGGUCUGGGUGGCUUCGUUGCUGCCAUAGUACUUUGGACUGUGGCGUUCAUACCAUUUAGUCGAGUCUUCAAGUAG